AUGGGCAUUCAGUCAAAGAAGUUAACAACAUUCAAAUCGGAUUGUGGAAUCUUGAUGCACUUCAACUCUACGGUGGAUCGAGUGAUCAAGCAAACUCCUCAAAUAUACUGCCUAAUCGGCGAGUCGUUGAGACCGAACUUGUUGAAGCAGCUGGAGGUUCUUCCACAUUUUUCAGAAAACGGUUAUACGAAUUCCCAAUACCAGCCGCUUAUGAAAUUGCUUCGCCUAGUCUCAUUUUCUGGACGCCUACCUCCAAAUAUGGAUCUCAACGUUCGAGUCUAUGUCAUACCGGAUACUACAGAAUCCUUAGCUCGCGUUGUACAUUUGGAGCAACAGUUAGAUGGACACAUGUUGGGCAUCUCAAACCAGUUUUCUUUCCAGGACAUUAGAGCUAAUUUGUGUUUUGUUGUCAACAGUCUCUCGGAAGGAUGGCGAAGCCGGCUGCAAGUUAACACACAAGAGAUUCCAUUUCGGCAUAUCUGGAGCGGGACACAAGUGUCCACCCUGCAUUGUGCAUUCACAUUUAAACAUGCGGACGUGAUGCAAACGAGUAUAUCCUGUAAAAUUACUUUCUUUCAAGUGACCAACUGGAACCAGUGUGAAACACUACAUAUCUCAUAUGAUGCAACGAAGCCACCCGAAAUAUAUUUGCCGUUUGAAAAUGCACAUCCUACACAUAAUGUCGAAAAAGACGCUAAACUCCGUCGCUUAUCCUCAGAAACAAAAAGCAAACUCAGUAGUAUACUCGACCAUUCUGGUGAAUGGCAGCUUUUAGCCGGAGAAUUGGGAUUUGAAGGCAUGGUUCCACAGAUGGUAUCAAGGACCACACCAACAUUUGACCUAUUAGAUUUGUGA